GACGCAGUAAACAUGGAGGUCUUUGUUGUGUCGCCGUUUUCAAGGUUUAUUCACGGUACCGUUCCACACGAGUCGACUGUCAGCGACCUGAUAGGACUGUUUAACCCCGGAGAGGGCAUCUCGUGUGUGGACUUCUACGUGAAGAACAACGGCCGAAUAUCAGCUGGUGAUGAGAGACUGCAAGCUGGAGCGGUUUAUCGCCUCGAGCCUCGCUUAUGUGGCGGCAAAGGAGGUUUCGGCUCCAUGCUGCGAGCUCUCGGGGCGCAGAUCGAGAAAACCACCAACCGAGAGGCCUGCAGAGAUCUGAGUGGGCGCAGACUCCGAGAUGUCAAUCACGAAAAAGAAAUGGCGGAGUGGCUGAAAAAGCAGGCCGACCGUGAUGCGGAGAAGGAACAACGGCGCUUGGAGCGGAUUCAGAGGAAACUGGCCGAGCCCAAACACCGUUUCACGGACACGGAGUACGAGCAGCAGUGUCACGAUCUCUCCGAGAGGCUGGAGGACUCUGUGCUUAAAGGCAUGCAGGCUUCAUCCAGCGGCGUGGUACGGGCAGAAGAAAAGCCGCUUCGUAAACGCCCAGCUACCAAAAACGGAAACACGUCUUCAAAGAAGAAAUGCUUCUGGACCGGCCUCGAGGACCUUGAGGACGUGGACAGUUCGGAAGGUGAGAGCAAUGAGAGUGAAGCUGAAGCUUCUUCCUCGUCCUCGUCUUCUGGCGCUGGCCCUUCCUGCAGCUCUCGGCAAGCAGCAGUACCGACAACGACAACUAGGGAGCAGGAGAAAGCAGAGUCUCAGGACCGACCUAGCAGCAGCAGUUCCAGCGUCGGCUCAGCGCCCUGCUCCCCGUCUCCCAGCCAGGAGAAAGCAGAGUCUCAGGACCGACCCAGCAGCAGCAGUUCCAACACCGGCUCAGCGCCCUGCUCCCCGUCUCCCAGCCAGGAGAAAGCAGAGUCUCAGGACCGACCUAGCAGCAGUUCCAGCGCCGGCUCAGCGCCCCGCUCCCCGUCUCCCAGCCAGGAGAAAGCAGAAGAGAACGAGGAACCUGGACAGAUGGAGUGCAGUGAAAAAGAAGACAACACGCAGAACGUCAGCAAUCAACAGGAAGCUGAGAAGGACAGAACUGUGGAGAUGAAAGAUUGCGCAGACACACAGCCAGUUCACCCAGAGGAAGCGGACACUCCAUUAAACCUGCUGUCUGUGAGUGGGGUGGAGGAGCUGGAGGCUCUGGGUCUGGAGCGGCUGAAGGCCGAGCUGAUGAAGCGAGGGAUGAAGUGUGGAGGGACACUGCGAGAGCGUGCUGCUCGCCUAUUCUCCGUCAGAGGGCUGAGUGCUGAUCAGAUCGACCCGACGCUCUUAGCCAAACCCAGCAAGGGCAAAAAGAAAUAACCAGGACAUAUAGAGCAUUCAGGUUAUUUUUAUUUUUUUUUGGGUGGGGGGUGUUAAACGUUUUUUUUGUUUGUUUUUUUUUUUUUAUAUUCCCUUUUUAUUGUAAAAUGUAAUUUCACUGCCAUCUCCUUGCUCGCUUUAAGGCAGAAUGGAAAGGAGGCUUUCUGUCUGUUAACGUAACUAGGUGCCUUUAUCCUGAUACAGUAAUGUAAGAAUAAACGUGAUAAUUUCAUACUAAAGAGAAUCAUUUUAACAUUUAAGGGAAAUAAUAAUAGAAUGUUUUUUGUUCAUUUUCUGCCGAUUGGGCUAUUAAACUACGUACACUUGUGUAUUUUUGUUUAACUGUUACUUGUAAUACUGUAAAUAAAGCUUGGUGGAAAAAUGACAGAACAGCCUGCUUCAGAACAGCAUUUGCUCAGUCUGUUUUAUAGUGUCCCAUUUUCUGUCUCUACCACCCAACCACUAGCUGGAUGAUAUGCACCGUGCUGCUUUAAGGCAAUACUUAAAUAUUCACCCACCUACUUAAGGGCAUGGCUCACAAAAGGUGUGCCAUUAUCACUAGAGGUUAUCGUUAUCACUACCGCGUCCGAGUCCUGUUUGGACGUAGGGACGUGGCCUUCUCUACCUUCAAACCUCAACCCUUGUUAUGAGUUGCACAAAUAUCGUAAACAAAAAAAGAAAAAUUAUUUAUUUUGAGUAAUUAAGAGAAACCAAUGCUUUAUUGCAGCUAUCAUUUCCCCCUUUUAACGCAUGGUCCCUGCCGUGCGUCAACUUUGAAGACAAGGACAGCCCUGGGGCCACCACCAAACUCCGUCAACAACUGUGCAGCCUGCUUUGCGCCACACAGCCUUUUCCUCGUCUGCGUAGCUCAUGCUUUGAGGUCUUUGGUUUAAGAGGGUGUUGAGAUUGUCUGGUCCUAAAGUCAGAUUUGGGCGUGAUCACGACUGGUGGUGCACUUUUAAUCAGGCCUACGUCAUGUUUCCCUUGGGCCCACAGCCUGAGAGGCACCUUCUUCAAUUGUGGGCGUAUCUCUAGGGGUGUGGGGCUUGUCCCAAAGUUCAGAAACAUUCCCUUGUAAUGACAAAUAACAUCCCGGUUAACCUUGUACAUUUCCUGAAAGAAUUUUUUAUAAACUCCCAGCGUCGGGCUGUACCACAUGUUGGAGGUGGGUUUCUGUUCCCAAUCUGUAAUAUUCCCACUCUUACAUAAUCUGACCCACAGUCCCACGUCUUUCCACUGUUUGUUCUUUAUUUUGGCUAAUGAGACGUGGGACGAAAAAUACACGCAACUGCGUGUCACUCAAUUUGACUGAACAUGCACAAAAUUUCUCACACCAACAUAGUGUCUUUAGUGGUUCGUUCCCAAGCCCUGUCCAGCUGUCCGGUAGUGGAAAUGUUAAUGUUUUCCCUGCUAUAGCACAUGUGAUUCAAUUAAUCCGCCAACUAGCAGAGCAGGAAAAACACUAAAAUAUGCAGGACAUGGGGUACUCCAAAUUCAGGGUUUGGAACCUGAACUAAGCUACUGCUGUGCCUCAGGGGAUCCAAUAGACAUACUUGAUUUUCUCCACUGUAUCUCCAAACAAGGUUACAUCAUACUUACAUAGCCAGUGACGCCACUCUAGACAGUGAGACAAUUCAUUCCACCACCUGAGUGUAGAACAGACGACUCUUGAUGCACACUUACCGUCUACCUUCAUAGGAAUCCAAUCAGGCAAUCAUGGGGGUAGCAGCACAAUGCAUAAAACCAUACACAUACAGAUCGAGAGCUUCAGUUAACGAUCAAACAUCAGAAUGGGGGAAA